CCAGAGCAGAUGACCAGGGAGGUGUGGGACUUCAUCUUCUUCAAAUCAGCUCCAUUUCCCAAAACGAACAUCCCCAAGGAGCACCUACAGAGGCUGAGGAGAGAGUUUGAAUUCUGGUAUCCUGUAGAUGCCCGUGUCUCUGGAAAAGAUUUGGUGCCAAACCAUCUCUCCUACUACCUCUACAACCAUGUUGCCAUGUGGCCUGAGGACAGUGAGAAGUGGCCAAGAGCAGUUCGUGCCAAUGGACAUCUCCUGUUAAACUCUGAGAAGAUGUCCAAAUCCACCGGCAACUUCCUCACCUUGAGCCAAGCUAUUGAUAAGUUUUCCGCAGAUGGUAUGCGUUUGGCCUUAGCUGAUGCAGGAGACACAGUAGAAGAUGCUAACUUUGUGGAGGCCAUGGCCGACGCUGGAAUUCUGCGCCUCUACACUUGGGUGGAAUGGGUGAAGGAGAUCAUCGCCAACCAGAAUAAUUUAAGAACCGGGCCUGUUAACACAUUUAAUGACCGCGUGUUUGCCAGUGAAAUGAAUUUGGGCAUCAUUAAGACAGAGCAACACUAUCAGAGGAUGAUGUACAAGGAGGCUCUAAAGUCCGGCUUCUUCGAGUUCCAAGCUGCCAAGGAUAAGUACAGGGAGCUGGCCAUCGAGGGCAUGCAUAGAGACUUAGUGUUCCAGUUUAUCGAGAACCAGACCCUCUUGCUUACUCCCAUCUGUCCUCAUCUGUGUGAACACAUAUGGACCCUGCUGGGAAAAAGUGAAUCAUUGAUGAAGGCUAGCUGGCCAGCGGCUGGUCCAGUGGACGAGAUUCUGAUCCGGUCCUCCCAGUACCUAAUGGAGACCGCCCAUGACUUGCGCCUUCGCCUUAAAGCCUACUUGCAGCCUCCCAAAAACAAGAAAGGAGACAACAAACCUCCAGUCAAGCCCUCUCACUGCACAGUGUACGUGGCAAAGAAUUACCCACCAUGGCAGCACAGUGCUCUCUCCCUCCUAGGCAAACACUACAAGGUAAACCAUUUUGUUAUACCUUAUUGUGAUUAUGUUGAAUGA